CUGGACUCGCUGGGUGGACCUGCGCGUCUUUUGUUAUUCAUGUGCAAAGGAAAGUUUGCAGCAGUGCCGAACUAGAGGGAAAUACACCAGGAGCACCAAAACACUCGAGCUGGAUGACUUUGAAGUGGUUUUGAAAGGACUGUGAAUAUAUAUCAUUGAUUAGAGUCUCUUUGGGAAUAGCGCAGCAGCCGCUUGUGGAUAUGUCCUAACAAGAGUCAAUGAUUCAUUAUUUACGGAUUCAUAUAAAGUCAGUGUGCUGCAUUGGAAGAAGGGAUUUACAGUGGUGCGGUGUAUGUAAAGCUUAGUCCUGCUGGAGGGGAUCGCAUGUACCUGUGACGCCUGAGAAGGAAGAUGGCUACCGUGGGAACGUUGUCAGAUGUCUCUGAGGGCGGAGAAAAUAAUGAAUUCACUGACAUCAUCAAAUGGAGAUCAGAUGAACAUGAUGCUGUACAGAAGAAAACUUUCACAAAGUGGAUCAACGCGCAGUUUUCCAAGACAGGGAAGGCGCCCAUCAAAGACAUGUUCUCUGACCUGAGAGAUGGCAGGAAACUGCUGGAUCUCCUGGAAGGACUCACCGGAUCUACACUGACCAAAGAGCGUGGAUCUACUAGAGUUCACUCCCUCAACAACGUCAACAAAGUCCUGCAAGUGCUUCACCAGAAUAGAGUUGAUUUGGUGAAUAUCGGAGGAACUGAUAUUGUUGACGGGAAUCAUAAACUCACUCUGGGACUCAUCUGGAGUAUUAUACUGCACUGGCAGGUUAAAGAUGUUAUGAAGGAUGUGAUGUCCAGUCUCCAGCAGACCAACAGCGAGAAGAUUUUGUUGAGCUGGGUGAGAAACUGCACCCGUGACUAUGACAGCGUCAACGUGCUCAACUUCACCACCAGCUGGGCAGACGGCCUGGCGUUCAGCGCCAUCCUGCACCACUUCAGGCCUCAUGGGUUCAGCUGGGAGGACGUCAUUUGUCUAACCCCAGUGGAGAGAUUGGAGCACGCUUUCAGAUUUGCCAAAGAUCAGUUCAGCAUUGAGAGGCUACUGGACCCUGAAGAUGUGGCGGUGCAGUUGCCAGAUAAGAAGUCUAUCAUCAUGUAUGUGACCUCACUGUUCGCUGUCUUUCCCAAUGACAUCACAAUGGAUGACAUCAGAGAGGUGGAGACACUGCCCAGGCGUUAUAAGGUGGAGCCAGAAGAGGGACACGCUCGGAGCGCACUGGGAUUGGCCGGAGAGGCGGAGGGGGCGGGCAGCACUCGGGCGGAGACCCCCAGCACUUUGACGGAGAUCGGGGGAGAAAUGAAUGUAAAUCUCGAAACGUAUCAGAUCACUUUGGAGGAGGUACUUACCUGGCUGCUGUCGGCCGAAGACACGCUUCACAUGCAAGAUGACGUGUCUGAUGAUGUAGAGGAGGUCAAAGACCAGUUUCACACGCAUGAGGCCUUUAUGAUGGAGUUGACGGCCCACCAGAGCAGCGUGGGUAACGUUUUACAGGCGGGAAACCAACUGAUCGCUCAAGGCAGCUUAAGUGAGGAAGAGGAGGACGAGAUCCGAGAACAGAUGACCUUGCUUAACUCCCGCUGGGAAAACCUGCGGGUCGCCAGCAUGGAUCGCCAGUCUAGACUUCAUGAGGUUCUGAUGGACCUUCAACAGCAGCAGCUCCAGCAGCUGUCUGAUUGGCUGACACUAACAGAGGGGCGGAUCCGUAAGAUGGAGAGAGAACCAGUAGCAGGAGACAUGGAGGGAUAUCUGGCUCAGCUUGAGCAGCACAAAAUGUUGCAGAAUGACCUGGAGGGGGAGCAGGUGAAGGUGAACUCUCUCACACACAUGGUUGUGGUUGUGGAUGAUUACAGUGGUGAGAGCGCCACUGCUGCCCUGGAGGAACAAUUACAGUCACUGGGAGAACGCUGGGCGGCUGUGUGUCGGUGGACUGAGGAGCGCUGGAACAAACUCGAGGAGAUUCAGUUGGUGUGGCAGCGGCUGCUCGAUGACCAGAAUUUGUUUGGAUCCUGGCUUGCAGAGAAUGAGAAAGCGUUGCGUGAAUUUCAGACGUGUGAUUUCAAAGACCCCGGUGAAAUAAACGCCAGUGUUCGCACAUUAGCUAGCCUGAAGGAGGACAUGGCUCAGAAGCGGAGGACUCUGAGUGCUCUGUCAGACGCAGGACAGGAUGUGAUGGUGCUGUUAAACAGUCCUGCAGCUGCUCAGAAGAUUGAUACAGACACAGACCUGCUGACCCAGCGCUGGGACAACCUGGUCCAGAAACUGGAGGAUUGCUCCAGUCAGGUAACCGAUGUGGUGUCCCUUGCUGGGAUGCCCCAGGCACAGGAGAAGCGGGUUGUCACGGAGACGGUCACAACCAUAACAACACGGAUGGAGCAGACUUUCACCAGCAGCGAGCAGGAGUUACCACCCCCCGCCCCUCCGAAACGACGACAUCUGGACACAGACGCAGAGCUCAGGAGACUAGCUGAAAGUGAUGUUCCUGAGCUUUUGUCCCGUCUGGCUGCAUGGAAAUCAUCUGCUCUAGCUGCUAGAGAUUCAUCUGUCCUGAAUGAAAAACUACAGGCCCUGGAGGUGGGGCUUGCUGAAAAUGAGGGUCCAGUUAAAGAAGUGGUGCAGAAAGGAGGGAAGCUGAUGGAACAGUUGGAGAAAGAGGGUGUGUCUGUGGAUGAUGCCCUGUCCCGCUUGGACUCCGUGUGCAAAGAAUGGGACAGCUGUCAGAAUAUCAUUCAGGAUCUGAGAAACCAAGCUCGGGUUCUCGAGCGAGUGAAAGCGUUUCUCUCAGGACUCAAGGCUGUAGAUGGAGUUCUGCAGGAACGGGAGAAACGGUUGAUCUCCACAGAGGAGUUUGAAGCCAUACAUGACCCCCAAGAGCUGCAAAUGCUCAAAGAUGAGUGUGAGUGUGGUUUAGCAGAGCUGGUGAAGCUUCAGCCGCAGGUGGAUGAUAUCUGCGCUCAGAUGGAGCUUCUGUCUGCAGAACCUGCUGUCCCUGAUACACUGAGACCCAGUGUGACAACGCUGACAUCACGCCAUAGUACAGCUAUUCAAGAGCUGAAGACACGAGAGCACGACAUCACUACAGUGUUAUCCAGACUCUUGGGGUCCAGGGCUCUGCAGCAGAUGGAUGUCAGACUGACAGCUCUCAGAAGUGGUAUCGGAGACGUCCCUACAGCUGAACAGGCAGUCAUGAAAGCUCAGGCUCUUUGUACUGAGAUAGAUCUUCAGCGACAGAAGGUGUCAGAUCCAUCAGAGCAGGAGUGCUGGACUGAACUCUUCAGUGCCGCCCAGGAUCAGCUCGGCAUGCUGCAGUGCAUUCUGGGUAGCAUGAAGGACACAAAGGUGAAGAGUGAAGAAGUGGGGCGCUGGCUAGACGCGGUUGAGGAGCUGAUGUCUCGAGACACUGGCAGCCGCUGCGACAAACUACCGGAAGAACUUAAACAGUGCAAGGAGUUCGUUGGUGAGAUUGAGAGUGUGGAGUCAUCUUUGAAGCAGAUGGGAGAGAAUGUGGCGGCCGUGCAGCAGAGCGCAGUACCCAGACUGAACAGCUGGGGGCAGAAAGAACUGGACGAGUGUCAGAUGCGCUGGGACCUGCUCAGCAAAGAGUUGUUAAGUCGAGAGGAGCGUGUGAGUGAAGGUCAGGAGAAAGUCCUGAACCUGAAGAAAGAUGUGGCGGAGAUGCGCGAGUGGAUGAUUCAAGUGGACGAUGAGUUCCUCAUGAGGGACUUUGAGUACAAGAGCCCAGAAGAGCUGGAGGAAGCACUUCAGGAGAUGAAGAGGGCUAAAGAGGACGUGUUACAGAAAGAAGUAAGGGUGAAGAUUUUGAAGGACAGCAUUAAUGUGCUGAUCAGUAAGAUGCCACCCGGGGGUCCGGACCUGAGCGCUGAACUCUCAGAAGUCCUGAAGAACUACCAGAAACUGUGCGAUCGCUUUAAGAGCAAGUGCCACACGCUUGAGGAGGUGUGGUCAUGCUGGAUUGAGCUGCUGCAGUAUCUGGACUCGGAAUCCAGCUGGAUGAACACGCUGGAGGAAAGAAAUCGGGCCACAGAGAGCGUUCCAAAUAACACAGAGUCUGUCAGUGAAGCUCUGGAGUCUAUGGAGUCAGUUCUCCGUCAUCCAGGUGAUAACAGGACUCAGAUACGCGAGUUGGCUCAGACUCUUAUUGACGGAGGCAUUCUUGACGAACUCAUCACCGAGAAACUGGAGAGUUUCAAUUCCCGCUACGAGGAGCUCACUCAGCUGGCUGCUGAGCGUCAGAUGUCUCUGGAGCAGCAGUUGGCCGUUCUGAGAGAGAAUGAGACGGCUUUACACACACUACAAACAUCCCUCACACACCUGGACCAAACACUCACCUCAUACCUUACAGAUCGCAUCGACGCUUUCCAGCUGCCACAAGAAGCUCAGGCGAUUCAAGCUGAGAUUGCAGCUCAUGAAGCCACGCUAGAGGAUCUGAGGAAGAGGAAUGUGGGUAACGUGCCUCAGUCUGCACCAGAGGCCAAACCAGCACGGGGUGGAACCCAGCUGGACCUGUUACAGCGGAAGCUCCGUGAGAUUAGUACCAAGUUCCAGCUGUUCCAGAAACCGGCUAACUUUGAGCAGAGAAUGUUGGACUGCAAGAGGAUUCUGGAAAGCGCUAAAGCCGAACUUCAUGUGCUGGAUCUGAGAGACACUCAACCAGCGGAGAUACAAGCCCACCUCAAUGGCUGCAUGAAACUGUAUAAGAUCUUGAGCGAGGUGAAACUAGAGGUGGAGACGGUGAUAAAGACGGGCAGACAGAUCGUACAGAAACAGCAGACGGAGAAUCCUAAAGGCAUGGAUGAGCAACUCACCACCCUAAAACUGCUCUACAAUGACCUGGGAGCUCAGGUGACGGAAGGGAAGCAGGAUUUGGAGAAGGCUCUGUCUCUGUCCCAGCGGCUGCAUAAAGAUACCGCCACCCUGCAGGCCUGGACAAACCACACUGAAACUCAGCUGAAGGAGAAACUCAACAUGGGGGACAUGCCCGCUGAUAUCGACACAGAGAUCGCAUGGGCGAACGGUAUUUUGAAGGAGUCCGAGCGCAAGAAGAGCGAUCUGUCUGUGACUAUGGAGAACAGCGCCGCCCUGCAGGCGUUAGUGGAGGGCAGUGAAGGUCAGCUAGAGGAAAAGUUAUUUGAAGUAAAUGAAGAUUGGCAACGUGUGCACACGAUGAUCGAGGACUGGCUAAGUGCUGUGCUGAAUCACAGACGUGAGGUGGAGAUGUUUGAUGAGAAUUUGGCUCACAUCACUACGUGGCUCUAUCAGACUGAGAUUAGAUUGGAUGAGAUGGAGAAGAUGCCGGCUGCAGAGAGAGACAGGAUGAUCAAGGCUGUGUUGUGUGAGUUGGAGGGGAUGAACGCGCGUGUGGACAGUGCCCGUGAUCAGGCGGUCAUUCUGAUGACCGAUCGAGGGCCGACAUGCAGAGAACUGGUGGAGCCCAAACUGGCUGAUCUCAACCGCAACUUCCACAAGGUGGCGCAGCACAUCAACUCUUCUCAGGUGUCUGCCGGGCUGGAUGUCAGAAAGGAGACAGUGUCACCACAGCAGGAAGUGUUAGAAGAGACUUCUGCCGCUCCUCUCUCCUCACCACUACAGCUGUUUGAAUCUGACCUACAAAAUGCUCUCAGAGCGCUGGACCAACACGACCGUACACACACACCUGAUGAUGAGAGGUUGGAUGAGGAGAAAGCUCAUGUCGAGGAGGUGUUGAGGAGAGGAGAUGAGUUGCUGCUGUCGGUUUCUGAUGAUGACAGAAGGGAGGACAUCUGCCGGAAACUUGUACUGCUAAAGACACACUACAAGGGGCUGUAUAUCGCUAGAACAGUUGUUGAAUCUACGGUCGACUCGUCGUCUUCACAGAGAUCAGAAUCAUCCCCUUCUCCUUUGGAUAAGAGGAGCACGGCCCUGUCUCCGUCUGACUAUCUGCUGGACAUUAAUAAAGUUCUGCUAGCCAUGGCCGACAUCGAGCUGCUGCUGAACUCCUCCGAGCUGAGUGGAGGACUCUUCGAGGAUUUCUCCAGUCAGGAGGACACACUCAGGAGUAUAAAGGAGAAUCUGGAGCAGUUCGGUGAACAGGUUGAGAUGAUUCAUGAGCGUCAGCCCGAUGUGAUUGUGGAAGCUUCCAGACAAGAAAUGACACAGAUCUCAGAAUCUCUGACACAGCUGAACUCAGAGUGGGACAGGGUCAACCGCAUGUUCAGUCAGAGGAAAGGGUGUUUCGAUCAAGCUGUCGAGCAGUGGAGGCAGUUUCAUUGUGACAUGAACGAUCUUUCACAGUGGUUGAGCGACACUGAACAGGUCCUGGCCGACGGAACGGGACCCAACGGAGAACUAGAUGCACAGUGCGCCCGUGCACAGCAACAGGAUCUGGAGGAGGGUCUGGCGUCUCAUCAGUCUGUUGUGGCGAUGUUGAGUCGCUCUGGACAGCACAUCAUUGGCCAGUUGUCAUCACCCGACUGCGUGUUACUUCAGGAGAAACUGGAUGCUUUGAGAUAUCGCUGGAUAAAUGUCCAGAGACAAGUGUCUGACCGCCAGCGCAGGUUGAUGUGUGAAGAUCCAGCUGUGGUGGAGGUGAUUCAGAGGACCGCCGGUCUGGCUCAGUGGCUGGAACAGACUGAGGUUGCCGUGGCGACAUUGCCCGUGUCCGCCACUGACACGAGCCUCAAAGAGCUCAAGGCCCUGAUGGAGGAGAUGGAUGUUCAGAAGGAGACUUUAUCCUGGCUGAAUAAGAGCGGCUCUCGCAUCCUGUCUAACUCCAGUAUGACUGCUCACGACCGAGAUGCUCACGUCAAUAAACUACGCCAGAUAAACAUCAGCUGGAGUCAAGUGAGCCAUGAAUUGCUUGAUAAGUUGCGUGAGGUGGAGGGCCAUCUGCAGGUACAUGCACAGGUCCAGGAGGAGAGCAGACUGAUGUCACACGGUCAUUUCCAGGAGCGCAUGAGCAGGCUGAGUGACUGGGUGUACAGCACCAGUCAAUCCCUGAGCGAUGUCACACCCACUGAGAGACAGGUUCUGGAAAGGUCGAUGCAUGAGCAGAAGAGAGGGCUUGAGGACCUGUUGUCUUACUCUAUUGAGCUCCAGAGGAAACAGCUGCUUUCACCACAGGAAAAGGGUAAAAUUGAACAGCUAGCUGCAGAUUGGAAAGUUCUGGACAUCAGAUUAAAGGAGACGCCAACACAGCCUCUGUCACCGUGGACACAACAGGUCACCCAGCAACAUUUCACAGCGAACGUGCCGUCUGCAGUUCACAUGGUCAGCCUGAUGAGCGAGGAGCGUCAUCACAGCUCGGAGCUAGUUGGCCCCACUGAUCUCAACCAGACAGCUACAGAGCUGGCAGACUGGCUUCUCCUCAUCCACCAGAUGCUCAAAUCCAACAUCGUCACGGUGGGAGACAAAGACGAGAUCCAGACCACCAUCAGCCGCCUGCAGGUGACUAAAGGCGAUCUGGAGCAGAGACAUCCUCAGCUGGAGGAGAUCAUCACUCUGGCUCAGAACAUCAAGAACAAAACCUCCAACCUUGAUGUGCGAACUUCCAUUUCUGAGAAAUUGGAGAAGGUCCGCAGCCAAUGGGACAGCACACAGAACGGUGUGGAGGCGCGGCUUCAACAGCUCGAUCGCAUGAUCAGCCACAGCGACCAAUGGGAGGAGCUGAGACGGAAGGCGAAGGCUCUGAUUGGUCAGAGCGAGAUGCGUUUGCAUAACUUGUUGCAACUGAGCAGAGAGCCGCUCACGAAACAGAUCAGCGACAACAAGGCGUUUCUGCAGGAGCUCUGUCGAGGACAGGAAAGCGUGACUUCCUUCAAUGACUUGUCCAAUCAGUUGCUGCAGGAAUAUGCCUCUGAUGACACACGCAAGGUCAAAGAAGUCAUGGACAAACUCAACAAUUCCUGGAACAGCAUCAAUAACAGGGCGUCGGACCGCCAAACAGCCUUGGAUUCAGACUUAAAGACUCUACAGGCGUCUCUUCGAGAGUUAGAGUCUUUCCUUAAAUGGCUGCAGGAAGCGGAGACCACCGUUAAUGUGUUGUCCGAUGCUGCCCAGAGGGAGGAGCUGUCCCAGGACUCCGCCCACCUCAAGGAACUGAAAGGUCAACUCACGGACAUCCAGGCGGAGAUUGAAGCUCAUAAUGAUGUGUUCAGGAGUGUGGAGGGGAACAAGUUAAAGAUGGUGAAGGCUCUAGGGAGCUCAGAGGAAGCAGUAUUCCUCCAGCAGAGGCUGGACGACAUGAACCAGCGCUGGAACGACCUCAAAGCCAAAUCAAGCAACAUACGGGCUCAUCUGGAAGCCAGUGCUGAGCGCUGGAACAGACUUCUGUCAGUGCUGGAAGAACUGAGCCGCUGGAUCAGUUUGAAAGAUGAAGAAUUGAACAAACAGAUGCCAAUCGGAGGAGACGUGCCCACACUUCUGCAACAACACACCCACUGCACGGCUCUGAGGGCGGAGCUUCAGGAGCGUGAGCAGUUAGUACUCAGCACAUUGGACCAGGCACGCAUGUUUCUGGCCGAUCAGCCAAUUGAAGGACCAGAGGAACCACGCAAAAACAUGCAGUCCAAAAAAGUCGACCUGACCCCAGAGGAGAAGGCCCAGCAGGUGGCUAAAGCGAUCCGUAAGCAGACUGCAGAGGUGGGUGAGCGCUGGGAGAGGCUGAUGGGACACAUAGGCACAUGGGAGGAGCAGGUGGAGAGAGCUUUAGAUAAACUUCAGGACAUCCAGAGCUCCAUGGAUCAGCUUGACCUCCGUCUAACACAGGCCGAAGAGCUCAGAACGAGCUGGCAACCAGUGGGAGACCUUCUCAUAGAUUCUCUACAGGAUCACAUAGAUAAGACAACGGCGUUCCGUGAGGAGAUCGCUCCUCUGAAACAAGAUGUGCGAGCUGUGAACGAUCUGGCAGGUCAACUGGCACCACUGGAUGUUCAGCUAUCCUCUACCUCUAACCGUCAGCUGGACAACCUCAACAUGCGCUGGAAACUACUGCAGGCGGCUGUUGAGGAGCGGUUGAAGCUCUUACGGGAAGCACACCGGGAUUUUGGUCCUUCUUCUCAACAUUUCUUAUCCACUUCUGUACAGAUGCCCUGGCAGAGAGCUGUGUCCCAGAAUAAAGUGCCGUACUACAUCAAUCAUCUGAACCAGUCCACAUGCUGGGACCAUCCCAAGAUGACCGAGCUCUAUCAUUCCCUUUCUGACCUCAACAAUGUAAGAUUCUCUGCAUAUAGAACGGCCAUGAAGAUCCGGCGGCUACAGAAAGCACUCUGCUUGGAUCUGUUGGAUCUGAAUGUGGCUCAGUCGAUGUUCCAGCAGCAUAAAUUGACUGUAAACUCACAGCAACUGACGGUUCCUGAGGUCAUCAACUGUUUGACGUCCAUCUAUGACGGUUUGGAGCAGGAACACAAAGAUCUGGUCAAUGUCCCACUGUGUGUGGACAUGUGUCUGAACUGGCUGCUCAACGUCUAUGACACGGGUCGCAGUGGGAAGAUUCGAGUUCUAUCGAUGAAGAUUGGCCUUCUUUCGCUUUGCAAGGGUCACCUGGAGGAGAAGUACAAAUGUUUGUUUAAUCAGGUGUCUUCAGCGGGCGAUACAUGUGACCAAAGGCAGUUGGGUCUUCUGCUGCAUGAUGCCAUUCAGAUCCCUCGGCAGCUGGGUGAGGUGGCGGCCUUUGGCGGGAGCAACAUCGAGCCCAGCGUCCGCAGCUGCUUCCAGCAUGUGACCAAUAAGGUUGAGCUGGAGCCGAGGCAGUUUAUUGAUUGGAUGAGGCUAGAGCCGCAGUCCAUGGUGUGGCUUCCUGUCCUGCACAGAGUGGGCGCAGCGGAAACGGCCAAACAUCAGGCCAAGUGUAAUAUCUGUAAAGAGUUUCCCAUCGUUGGCUUCAGAUAUCGUAGUCUGAAGCAUUUCAACUACGACGUGUGUCAGAGUUGUUUCUUCUCUGGUCGUACAGCGAAGGGUCAUAAACUGACCUACCCCAUGGUGGAAUACUGCACACCGACCACCUCGGGAGAGGACAUGCGAGAUUUCACCAAAGUCUUAAAAAACAAGUUUCGCUCUAAGAAGUAUUUUGCGAAACACCCUCGCCUGGGUUAUCUGCCAGUCCAGACGGUCCUAGAAGGAGACAACAUGGAAACUCCGGUCACUCUCAUCAGCAUGUGUCCAGAGGAGUAUGAGCUGUCCCCAUCACCACAACUCCCUCAUGAUGACACACACUCACGGAUAGAGCAGUUCGCCAGCAGGUUAGCACAGAUGGAGCGUUCCAAUGGAUCUCUGCCCACAGACAGCAGCUCGGCCACUGGAAGCAUGGACGAGGAACACGCUCUCAUCCUACAGUACUGUCAGACUUUAGGAGGGGAGGGGUCAUCCCACAGUCACCCCCAAAGCCCCGCCCACAUCCACAGGAGCCCUGCCCCUAAUGUCCACAGCCCCUCCUACAUGCUCCAGAGCCCCGCCCAGAUUCUGCAAGCAGUGGAACGGGAGGAGCGAGGAGAACUGGAGCGAAUCAUAGCGCGACUGGAGGAAGAGCAACGGACCCUUCAGAAGGAGUAUGAACAGUUGCGUCAGCAGCAUGGUCAGUCCGCUCCAGCGGUCGCAGCUGUUAGCGGGGCACCAGAGGAAGCUGACCUGUUAGCCGAAGCUAAACUCCUGCGACAGCACAAGGGACGACUGGAGGCCCGCAUGCAGAUACUAGAGGAUCACAACAGUCAGCUGGAGUCUCAACUCUACCGACUACGCCAACUACUGCAUCAGCCUGAGUUAAAUGGCACCUCCUCCUCGAGUUCUCUUCAUCAGGAUUCAGCCGGACAAGCCGAUCUCACAGAUGAAUUUCUGGAUGAGUGUGCUAACAGUAGCUCUGAUCUGGCUGAGGUUAUGGAACAAAUUAACCAAAGUUUUCCUGCAUGUUCUCCAUCAAGUGUGUCUUCAAGACCCAAGGUGAUGUGAAGGCCGUCAACAGAAAAUUCGGAGCGCAGAAAUCUUGAAGAGCACGCUCAAAACUUAACAGAAUUCCCAUUCCAGAGAUGCAGAUUUCCAGACGGACCCAAAGACUCUGGAAAUGGACCACAUAAUUCAUUGAAAUGACUAUUACUACUGCGUCUGUCUGUACUAUGCAAUUGUACAUUUGAUCAACGUGUAGAUUAUACGUGAGGUGUAUUUACCCAUCGUUGUAUUACUUCAGUGAUUAUUUAGGGUUAUGGGGGCCAUUUACCGUGUAUCCUGUACGCUUUUGUUUUCGUGAUCACCGCGAAACAACCUGCUACAUACUGUAACUCACAAGCAGUUUACUUCAUUUUCUUUUUCAAAUUAGCACGCUAUCUUUCCGCAGACGUUAGGGGUUAUUCGUUAAGUCCGAAAACUUCAUAAAUAUCAGUGGAUAUGAAGACAAAUCAUUUUUGGUAAUGCUAUACUGUUAGCGCAUGUUGUUCCGUUAAAGAGCUUCUUUGACAGUGUUUGCAGUGAACGGUCUCCCUUUAAAGUAUCGUUUUCACAUUGUUUUCGUCUCUGACAUCGGCACGUUUGAACGGUCACUGCAUUUCUAGAACGCACGCACAGAUGUUUUACAACACAAACGUUCAAAUGCGUCAACAAACACCCUUUUGUGCCUAUAAAGCAUCCAUUCCAGGAGACGAGCGGGCGAUAGAUGCUGUAAUCCUCGAUGGAUCGCGCAGAAAGAUUAUAUUAUAAAGAUAUGGAUUUUCAAGAUGUUUGGCCCAAGAUUUAUCUUUGUGUAGUAUAGUUUUAUAAAUAAAUGUUCUAAAAUUAGAAGAAAGCCAUGAUUGCCUUGCUACCUCAAACAUCAUCGAUCAUUCAGUAGUUCAUUCGUCUGUGCAUUGGCGUGACCGUCGAUUGAUUCCCAUUUCCAAAACUAAAACAGACACGAUUCCAUCUGUUGUUCCACAAAGGUUAUGCAAGUAAGCUUGUCCUCUGUUGUCCCCAUGGCCUUUUCACUUUUCUACAUGGUGAAUUUGCAGCAUUCUCCCUUCAAUGAAGCAUUACAACAACACUGUAACAUCUGCAAAGCAGUUGAUUCUGACCUAGUGAAGUCUUACCGUCACCGUUGCUGUGCUGUUCAGACCCGAGAUGGAUCGUUUAGACCGACUACACUACAUGUAAUGAGGUUUCAUGUUUUAUCUAAAAUAAAGUUUUUAUAAUGCA